AGCCAUUCCUCCCUGCUAUCGUGCAUUCCAUGGUGGGGUUCGUAUAGAUACAAUUGCAUAAUCACUAUGGGGAUUGCACCAUCAAUGAUAAGAAAUACGAUCAUUCAGAAAACUACAUACAAAAGCUGCGGGUUUAAGUUGAUAUGUACGCAAGGGAUACCAAUGACUUGUCAGACAGACAGUACAUUUUUAUUGAGAAAAAGCAAAAUUCUCUUAGCAUUUCGACAUCAUUUUCACCAUAACUUGAAUAAAGCUCAGACUGAGUCAUGAGUAACAAGAAAGAAACGAAGGCUACGACUCGAAGCGUGGGAAAGACCGUCGAUGAGAAAUAUGCAGAUGUUACACUACGCAUUAUCGAACACCAUGGGGAUGAGUUUGGACCGUUAAGUCCUGAGAAGGAGAAGGCGCUACGACGGAAACUGUACAGACACAUUAUGGUCUUGCUUUCUGCUGUUAAUAUUAUACUGUUUAUUGACAAAUCUACACUUGGUUACGCAGCGAUUCUGGGGCUCUUUGAGGAGACGGGCAUUUCUAAAAAGCAAUACAAUGACCUGAAUACUGUAUUUUACAUCGGCUACCUUGCCGCGCAAUGGCCCGGACACUAUCUACUGCAGCGUCUGCCAUUCGGAAAGUUCGUGGGCAUCGUCGUGUUUCUAUGGGCAGCUGUUAUCUUCCUUCAUUGCGUAGCGACCAAGUUCGCUGGCUUAGUAGUCCUCCGACUUGCCCUCGGCGCGGUGGAAGCGGUCAUUGUACCAGCGAUGGAAAUGACAAUCGGCAUGUUUUUCAAUCGUCAAGAGCAAUCCUUCCUCCAGCCGAUUCUCUGGGUCACCUGCCAAGGAGCUCCCGUCGCUGCAGGUUUUAUCUCAUACGGGUUGCUCUACAGUGAAGGCGUCAUUCGUCCUUGGAAACUAUUUAUGAUCAUCACCGGCGGGAUCACCUUCCUUCUCUCCAUCUGGGUCUGGUUCUGCUACCCCAACAACCCUGCUGAAGCCCGGUUCCUGACGCUAGAAGAGAAAGUCCACGUUAUCCGACGGGUACACCACUCCAGCCAGAGCUCGAUUGAACAGAAGCGGUUUAAGAGAUCUCAGUUCAUUGAAACUCUGCGCGACCCUGUAUCCUGGCUUUUCGCACUGCAGGCCUUCACUCUGAUGUACUCGAACAAUCUCACCUAUGGCCAGCAGAAUCUUCUCACGACUUCUCUUGGUGUUUCCCAACUUGGUUCUACGCUCGUUGCUGUCGCAGGAGGCAGUUUUGGCGUCGUGCUCUGUAUCAUCGCCACCUUCAUAUUGAAGUGGUUUCCGAAGUAUCUGGCCAUCCACGGUCUUUUCUGGUGUCUGCCAUCUAUCGCAGGUGGAAUCGGUAUGGUGGCAAUCCCCUGGGACAAUAAACUAUCCCUUUUAGCCUGUCUGCUUCUGGCAGGACAUACGUACGGUAUCACGUAUAUCAUUGCGCUCGGCUGGACGACCUCAUCUGCAGCCGGAUACACUAAGAAACUCACGCGCAACGUGAUGUUUAUGCUCGGCUACAGUGUUGGCAAUCUUGUUUCACCGCAGAUCUGGGUACCCAGUGCCGCACCCAGAUACUAUGGUGCAUGGGUUUCCAUGAUAGUGGUUAGUUGGGCGGGGACGCCGGCCAUUUUGUUCAUCAUUUGGUUCAUUCUGGCACGGCGGAACGAGGAACGGAAGAAAUGGAUUGCUGGGUUGAGCGAAAGUGAGCGCGAGGAGGGCUGUGUGGAGCAGCUGGACGAGAACGGGCAGAUUGUCCGCAGGAAAGUCGACCUAGCAAUGCUGGACUUGACUGAUUUGGAGAAUAAGUUCUUUAUUUACCCGCUUUAGGUGUCACAGAAAUGCAAUCCAGAGGCUUUAGGUAUACCAACAGCUGCUCAAUAAGUCUAAGUAGUUCAUUGCUGGGAUUGGUUGAUGAUCAGCGAUGGAAAAAUACGGAGAAGUCCACCAUUCCCGGUCUUCCACCUCUGAAUUAACAUAGUCCACGUCAUUCUGGGCUCAGGUGAGAUUUCCCUUGAGAUCGAAAGAGACAUAUUACAUUCACAAGUCAGAGCAGAACGAUCUAUGGCUCUUCUAAUUUGUUGUACAUGAUUCGUGAGCAUAAAGCACCUCCUACAUUGGGAUGAGUGCAUAUAUGAAUCUCUCAUUCUCAUCGCUAAUACCUGCUUUGACCGUACACCCUUCAACAUACUAUAUAUAGGCCCUCUCACAUCUCAGCGCCCU